AUGCCGCCCCUGAUCGACGUGCGGACCAACACGCGGCUGCUGAGGGCUCUGGGGCUGCUGGGCCCUUCGCGCGAGGGAGGGGUGGAGGAGAGGGCAGGGUGCCGCGCCCUGCACGCCCUCCUCACUUCCCUCGUGCUGGCCGCCUACGCCCUAGCGGUGGUACCCGCCUGCGCCGCCCUGCUGCGAGACUGCCGAGACCUCGACGCCGCCGUCGACAACGCAUGCCUCACGCUGCCGCUGUUCUUCAGCGGCGUGCGCUGCGUCCACUUCGUGCGGAGGCGGCCUGCCAUGGAGGCCCUCUUCCGCGACCUGCUCGCCUUCGAGGACCUCGACUGCAGCGGCGCCGUGGUGGCGGAGCGCUCCGCCAUCUUGAAGGGCGCCUCUCGCCGGGCGCGCAACCUCACCGCCUUCUUCAACUGCCUGGGCGUGCUGAUGCUGGCCACCAUCACGGCCUCCCCUGCCGUCGCGGGCGCGCGGGCGUCGCGGCGCCUGCCCGUCGCCGCCGAGUACCUGGUGCUCGACGCGCUGGCGUCGCCGUGCUACGAGGCGGCCUACGCCCUGCAGGUCCAUGUCUCCCGCGCGCGAGGAACGUCGACACGAACCAAGGAACUACUUCCACGGAAGAUUCCUGGGAAGCAGGGGCGCAACAACAGGGCGGCGUGCCUCUUCCUCGUCAUCUUCAACGUGAUCGCGUUCGACAUGGCGUGCAUGGCGCUCGUGAUGCACGCGCGGGCGCAGUUCGACGUCCUCGCGGUGACCUUGAGGGACCUCGGGGCGCGCGCGACCAAAGAGCAGGCCGGCGGCGGAGGUCCCUUCUCGCCCGGGCUCUGCCGCCGCAUGCAUCAGGGCCUCGUCCGCUGCAUCGAGCACCACAAGGACGUCAUCAGGUUUGUUGAGAAACUAGACACUGCAUAUCACCCCAUUAUGCUGGGACUCAUCGUGUACAGCAUGACAAUGAUUGCCAUAACUUCGUUCAAGGCGACAGAGAGUUCUGCUGAGGUUGGAGACUUGUUGAAGUUUGCAGCACUGUCAUCAACUUGUAUAUUCGAGCUUUAUUUCUUCUGCCGUCUCUGCGAUGACAUUUUACAAGGGAGCCAGGCUGUUGCAGCUGCAGCCUGCUGCUGUGACUGGUAUGACACAGAUGCUGAGUUCAAAGACACUUUGAAAAUGCUGAUCCUUAGAGCCAACAAACCCGUCAGACUCUCUGCUGGUCGCUUUAGGACAAUGUCAUUGGAAACAUUUGCAGCACUCUUGAAUUCAUCAUAUUCUCUGUUCGCCAUGCUGAAGCAACUAAACCACUAGAAGACUCGCCAACUAAUAGACUAAAGAAGAGACACACUUCAAAGUUGUAGUUUCCAACUAAUGUUCGUGCACAGUAAUCAAUAAAUGGUUGAAAAACAUG